GGCGGUGGCCUCGGCCAGUCUCGUCAGACGCCCAGCCACCGCUGUCACGGCCGGUUACGUAAGAGAGAAAGCGAGCUGGCCCGCCGCGAUAGCGUGCCCGCCCCGUCGCAGCCACUCCGCAAUCAACGUCCGUGCGGAGCGCACCCCUCAUCGCAAGACGCCCUGGAAGCGGACUCGUUCGUAGCGCUCGCUUUGCCGUCGCCGUUCCGGCAGAGCCGCCCUCCGCAGCCAUGGCACCCGAAGCGGUCGUGUUCAGCUCGUGCGAAGCCCCGGACUCGGCGUGCGAAGAUAAGCAACAGCAGGACACGGUCGCGGCCAAGACUGCCGACGAAGAAGACGAGUCCGUGAUGUCGUGCUGCGAGAUGUCGUGCGAGUCCGACAAGGACCCGGACGACACGAAGCCGUCGCGCAUCGUGGACCUGUUCGACAGUGCCACCGACUGCAUGUACAGCCUGUUCUUCUGCGGCUACCGCAGCCUGUUCCUGGACACGUACCUGUUCGAGGACUUCAUCUUCUACACGCUGUGGAUGUUGUGCCUGCACUUCUGCAUCAACGAGAAGAUGCCCAACGACUCUCGCCACUACAUGUGAAGGGCUGCGCGCGUGUGUGUGUGUGGCUCGGAACAGACGACACCCCGACCCAGUGACCAUGCCAAAGAUGACCUGUGUGAUAGGACAGUGCCACUGUCUGUGGACUCGAGAGAGAGAGAGAGAGAAAGGAAACUGCGCGUGCUGCCAAUCAGACGUGUCGAGUCUCCUCCGAAGUGAAGGCGUCUGCCCAGCAGACGCUGUUGACAACGGUGUUGACAACAAGUCGACAUAUUUCUCGGCGGUGAUACGCGACGACGGCCCCGCUAUAGGACCCUUACUGUAAAUGUGUGCUCUGGUUCAACGAAAAAAAAAAAAAAACACUGCAAACUGUAGCGGCAGGCACCCUCCGGCAGGGACUGCUUGCUGUACGAUCGACGCUCCUCUGUUUCUCGUUCUUUUUUUUUUUUCUACCCCAUUGUGAUGAGUGCGUGUGUGCGCGUGUGUGAAAAGUGCUCAGACCAUCGCCGUUCGGCAGAGUGCGCUUUGUUUGUUGACGAAUCAAUUGGGAGCGAAUCCGCGCCUCACAGCGACCCCGGCGUCGCCUUCACGGGGAACAGUGCGCGAAUAAAACUGUGCGAAUGAACUGAC